UUUCACUUUUGUCCAGCAGAGGGUAGUGUUCGUGCAGAAUUACCAUUUGAAUGUGACCACAUGGCUGAAUCCCACCACGUGUGUUCACAUGCAUUGUGAUUCAGUGUUGAUCAAUGUUGGGACUUUCCCAAGGUGUGCCAUGCCAAGGAAAUACAAAGAAGUUAUUGGCUUACUUCAAGUGAAAUGAUCACUUUCACCUGACAUCUGUACAGCAAGCACACUGAACCACUGAACCAACAGAAAACACAAGCACUGCAGGAAUGUAAAUGGGAGAAGGAAGAAGGAAGGAGGAGAGAAAAAACAUGAAUGCUCCUAUGUCAGCCCGUCCCACUCCUAUUCAGUACAAAUGCAGCAGUGCAGAGCUGAGCCUGCAUUCCACCGCUGCUGACGACUGAUCUGACCCCACACAAACACACACACACACACACAAAGGCGCAAUUACAUGCUCUCACGUCACACACACACACACUCAUACCGCACUCACAGAGGCACUGAAACUCAUACUGGAGAUGCUACCGGCUGCCGACCACUGACAACCUUCAGAGCUCAGUUGAUCCAGACAUACGUGCACCUUCACCUCCAGAGAGCCUGACACACUUCCACUGCAUCGAGGAAGACAAGAGCACUUGACAAAGGACACUACAGUGACCUCUAGCAGUUCACGCUAUACCUGAUCCCAGACUCCUUCAAAGAAAAAGGGAACCCGACUCUUGAGCAGAGCAGGAAAAGGAGCAAUCGUACCCCACCGCUGAAACACAACCCGCCAGGGCAGAGACACACAGAGGGGCUGACGGACAUCUCUAAUACCCGAGGAACAGAGGCAGGAUGCUGGCAAAAAUCCUAGAGGACAUGUGGGUAGAACCGGAGGUGCUGGAGGCCCUCAGUGAGGAGCAGAAGAGGAUCCUGUUCCUCAAGAUGAGAGAGGAGCAGGUACGGCGGUGGAGAGAGAGGGAAGAGAGGGAGGAGAGGGAAGGACAGAUCAACAACAACACCAGACCAAAGAAAGCUUCUACUAAACACGUGAGAUGGCUGCUGGGUCGGGAUGGAGACGUGAGCGUCAUCGUGAUCGGAGAAGUGGACGAGUUCCGGUCCUCCAAACUCCUUCAGGGUCUCAUCAACAACAGACUCCACAGUGAUAAUAUGAAUGGCAUCCAGACAGCGGACUUGCUGCCAGGAAGAGAGGCCCAGCAGCUCGGCUUUAAAGAAGACAUUCAGCUGCCCCUCACAGAUGUUAGUGAUGACCGAGCUUCACCGAACGCUCAGCUGUCUGAAGACGAGAUGGACUCCUGCGGCGCCGACGACGACCUGAAAGACCCCGCUGAGGACAGCGACAGUGAGUCAGGCGGAAGCUCGGACAACCUCAGCGACUGGGCUCCUCUCUACAGGCCACAUUUUAGUAGCCAUGGCAACCAGCCGCCACUCAAGGCCCAGCUGUCAGACGCAGAGAGGGACGACCCACAGGACAGAGAUAUUGUGUGCCUUGAAGAGCAGAAGUCACAAUAUGGAGGUCGCGUGGCGCAGCUCAAGAAAGCUUUCGCGGACGAUCCUCACAGCACACGACCUGCCUACACCAAGCCUCCCAUACCUGCCAAGCCUGCUCAUCUACAGGGAAGAAGCACACCUUUGAUCCAUUAGGACUUAAGGCGUAUCCAGCGUGCUUUGAGACAACACGGUGACCCCAGAGAGCCAGAGCUUACUGUACUGAGUGUAACAAGCGCUGCACAGAAAAUAAUGACUCCGUUACACACAGUUGAUCCAAGCCGCGGCCACAUACAGUUCCUUAACAGGAUCCUUACUUUAACCUGGGCGGUGAACUGAAAUAUACUUUGUUAGGCGUCAAUUCGAGGACGGACCGACAGACAGAGAAGCGUCUGGGGGUGGAGUGAGUGAAAGACUUGAAAGCUUUUGAACUGAGGUCAACCUGAAUGAUAAAAAGUAGCAGCUUUGAUGUCGCUGAGUUCAAAUAACGCUCACGCAGUUUCUGUGAUUGACAGACAGACACAGAGAGAUGUCCAGAGAGACGCUCACAGAGACUUCUGACUACAGAUGAAAAAGCACCUGUAUGGCGGUUUACUUGUUAAAUAAGUGUUAACAAUGUAUUAUUAUUAUUAUUAAGAUGUCAUAAGAAGAGGUUUUUGGGAACUGAAAAACAUAUAUAUGAUAAACUAUUGUGUACUGAUCAAAAAGUGCAUGUAAUGUGUCUUUGUACUGCUUUAACUCCACUGACUUCCAGCAGCAUUAACACUAUCUUCAUCCAGUGUAUCUACAACUAUCACAUUGGUGC